UCACGCUCCCCUUUGUCCGCUCUUAAAAAUAUCAAAAAACAAACACAUUUAUACUCACCGCUCUCACUCACAUAUCACUCUCUUUCAAAGCACACAAACCAGACCAGAGAAGCUUCCCUUUCUCUCUCUACACACCUCUCUUCACACUCUCUCUCUCUACCUCUCACGCUCUCUCUUUGGAGCUCCCGAGAUUACAGUUCAAUGAAGAGCCAUUCGAUUUAAUUUAAAAUGCACUGCUCUUCCUCCUGAAAGGAAGCAAGCAACCAAAUAUGGAUAAAGAAAGUACGGUUGCUGCCAAAGUUGAAGAGCCCGUUGCUCGAAUCACACGAGCACGAGCUAAAGCACUGGGGACUUCAGGCGGAAUACCUCCUCCUGUCCCUAAACCUUACCUUAAAGAGGACCAGAAGCGUGCUCUCAGAGCUAAUACCAAAAGAACAGCAUCUGAUGAUAAUAAAUCUUUUAUCACUGCAGUCUCUGGCCUUCAGCACAAGCGAAGGGCGGUGCUUAAAGAUGUGACUAACUUAAAGUCUGAGAGUUCAAAUGCAAGUUGCACCAAUGUAACUAAAGUACAGGAUAUGGAUGUCAAGCCAGCUAGAAAAUGUCAUGCAAAGAAGAAUAUGGAGAUGGUUGACAUCUCUAUGGAAACUUCAGAAGCUGAAGAGGAUAUAAAAGCAAGGUUAGCUGAAGAAUUGUCAAAGAUAAGGAUGGUGGAAUCACAAGAGAUCACUUCCCCAACAAGGCAGAAGGGAAUAUGUCAUCACAUAAAAAAUGGAUGUGCAGCAGAUUCACUUCUGACUCCAAGGGUUACUGAUGAACUUCAAAGCCCUCAAAGUAAACGUAUAGAAGAAAACAUAUUUUGCAAGAAACUGGAGUCCUCGAGUGGUCAGGUUAUAGCAGACAUUGAUUCAAAUUUAAAAGAUCCUCAAAUCUGUGGCUUGUAUGCCCCUGAGAUAUAUAGCAAUAGACGGGUUAAAGAGCUUGACCAGAGACCAUCAACUAAUUACAUGGAAAAAUUGCAGCAUGACAUCACUCCAAGCAUGCGAGGCAUUUUGAUCGAUUGGCUUGUGGAGGUUUCUGAAGAGUAUAGGCUCGUUCCAGAUACACUUUACCUCACAGUAAAUCUCAUUGAUAGAUUUCUCUCCGAAAAUUUCAUUGAGAAGCAAAGACUCCAACUGCUUGGUGUUACAUGCAUGCUAAUUGCGUCAAAAUAUGAAGAAAUUUGUGCCCCCCGCGUUGAAGAAUUUUGCUUCAUAACCGACAAUACUUACACUAGAAGAGAGGUACUAAAAAUGGAGAGACAAGUUCUAAAUUUAUUGUACUUCCAAAUUUCUGUUCCCACCACAAAAACAUUUCUGAGGAGGUUUAUUCAAGCAGCACAGGCUUCUUACAAGGCUCCUUGUAUUGAACUGGAGUUCUUGGCAAAUUAUUUGGCAGAACUGACUCUUGUUGAAUAUGACUUCCUAAAGAUCCUACCUUCUCUCAUAGCCGCUUCUGCUGUGUUCCUUGCCCGGUGGACUCUCGAUCAGUCAGACCACCCUUGGAAUCCCACGCUAGAACACUAUACAAGUUACAAUGCGUCGGAACUGAAAACUACCGUACUUGCCCUUGAAGAUUUGCAGCUGAACACUAAUGGUUGCCCACUCAACGCUAUACGCGAAAAGUACAGACAGCAAAAGUUGAAGAGCGUAGCAAAUAUGACCUCUACACAACGAGUUUUGUCACUUUUUGAAAGAUGACAACAGCAGGCCUACCUACUUUUAACUUCAUUUCGUCAAAUCGAAGGUGAUUAUGAUCCUCGCCAUCAUCCUUAUAAAUCAAAAGCUUCUUUGAUUUUCCAGUUCUCUAUCUUUCUCUCUGCCUUUGUUGUAGCAUCUGAUCUGAAUCUGGGUUUUCCAGACUUGUUAACCAGUAGUUUGCAAGUGGUAAUACACUUACACAAGUAACUUAUGUGCCCUAAGCAAGAUAAUGAUGUUCAGAACUUUCUAAUCCAUGGAAAGUUCAUAACAUUAGCUAAAUUUUUUUAGAAGUGGCACCGGGAAAUGUACCUAUUCGGAGAUCACUUGUACGUAAACUGUGAAUUAUAUGCAGGAAAAAAAAAGAAAAAAAAAACUAAUUUUUUUUAGCGUAAUGCUUCUUAAUUCAUGUUAAAUUAAUUUUUGUUACGUAUAUAUAUUGAAAGGAAGUAGUCAAGUAGCCUACUUGAUUUUUAUUA